AACGAAAUUUUUACUUCAUACAUAUAUUCAACAAUGGCACAGGCUUCUAGAUCGCAGCAACUUGUCCGUAGCGAGCGUCGGAUGUUCGCCGCAUCCGACGACAAUGCCAUGAUGAAGCAAAUUCUGUCGACUCAUGCCCCCGAUGGUCGUUUAGUUGAUGUCAAACCCAUUCUCCUAAUCAUUGACAAUGUUUUGCGUCAUAUCACUCCCGAAAUUGAUCAAGCGUUGACCGCUGGAUCGGGACGUAUCGAUUCCUUCGAUGAUCAGACUAACUUGUCUGCCAUUGAUGACGUGCUGGAUGCAUUGGCUUAUAUCGUGCACAAAAUCUCCUGCGAGAUAUCAUGCAAGUGUGCUGGAGGAGGGGAUGCCCAUGCAACAACAAUGGUGAUUCUCAACAUGCUUUCAAGCUAUUCAUGGGAUGCAAAAGUGGUGCUAACGUUAGCAGCUUUCGCCGUGAAUUUCGGUGAGUUUUGGCUGAUUGUUCAGCUCUGCACUACCAACACACUGGCUAAAUCCGUGGCACUCCUCAAGCAAUUACCGGACGUUUUUGAGCAUUCUCAAACACUGAAACCCCACUUCGAUGCACUCAACAAACUCAUCAAGGCAAUGAUCGAUGUAACCAAGUGCAUCGUUGAGUUCAUUGAACUACCUUGUGAGUAUAUUUCGAGCGAGGUGCCACCGUUGUCGACUGCUAUGGCUAGUAUCCCCACGGCUGCCUACUGGACCAUUCGGAGCGUUGUGGCUUGUGCUGCGCAGAUUACAAGCCUCGUUGGUUUGAGACAGGAGUUUGUCACAUCCACUUCGGAAGCAUGGGAAUUGUCAAGCUUGGCACAUAAAGUUAGCAGCAUACAUGAACACCUUCAAAAUCUCUUACGUCUUUGUUAUCAGCGUAUUGAGGAAAAGAAGCAGGAAGAAACUUAUAAAGAAUUCAUCCGUAUUAUUGAAACACCUCAAAUGGAAAUCUCCAAGAUUCUCAGAGUAAUCUUCCGCAAGGAAGAUCCUCAUCCUCUCUUCAGUCCUGCUGACAAGACCAGGGUUGAUAUAGAUGUGUUGAGAAGAAAGCAUGUGUUACUGCUGAUUUCGGAUCUGGAUAUCUCCCUUGACGAGAUUCAGGUUCUGGAGGUUCUUUACAAAUAUGAAAGGGCAUCGUCGUCUGAGCUUAACUACGAGAUCGUAUGGCUCCCGAUUGUGGAUAGGUCAGCUUGGAACGACAGCUAUCAGCAAAAGUUUUUGAACCUGCAGUCGAUUAUGCCAUGGUAUACAGUGAACCACCCUUCCGUUAUUGAACCAGCAGUGAUUAAAUACACCAAGGAAAAAUGGCGUUUCGUGAAGAAGCCGAUUGUGGUCACACUGGAUCCACUAGGAAAGGUUACAUGUACCAAUGCACUCAAUAUGAUGUGGAUAUGGGGAAAUGCAGCCUUCCCAUUCAGCACUGACAAAGAAGAAAGUCUUUGGAAAUCUGAGUCUUGGACAAUUGAACUACUUGUUGAUGGCCUUGAACCAAACUUACCUAAUUGGAUGCGAGAAGAGAAAGUGAUAUGUUUCUAUGGCGGUGAAAAGAUGGAAUGGAUCGAAUCUUUCACUUCCGCAACAAAGAAGGCUGCACAAACUCUUGAAAUUGGGUUGGAGAUGGUUUAUGUUGGAAAGAACAACGCCAAGGAACGGGUGAAAAAGAUAAGUGGUUUAAUUACCGAGAAACAGCUUAGUCACUCUUGGCAAGACGCGAGUGUGUGGUUCUUUUGGAACCGGUUAGAGAGCAUGUUGUACUCCAAAACCCAACAUGGGAAGACCAAUGAUCCAGAUAUUAUAAAGCAAGAAGUGAUGACGAUACUAGGGUACGAUGGCAGUGAACAUGGAUGGGCAAUCUUCUUUUUAGGAACGACUGAAAUGGUAAGAGCCAAUGGAGAGAGAGUACUUAGCAGCAUGCAGAGUUUUGAAGAAUGGGAAGAAAUGGCGAGACAAAUGGGGUUUAUCCCAGCACUACGCAAGCAUCUGGAAGGGAUUACCGACGAUCAUCACUGUACUCGAUUGAUCCUUCCAGGUAUCAGUGGCGGGAUUGCGGAGAGGGUGGUGUGUGCUGAGUGCGGACGCCCCAUGGAGAUGUAUUUCAUGUAUCGCUGCUGUGUUGAGUGAUAUGCUAAAGAAAUUGAAGGACAAUCAGCAUAGUUUGAUGUUUGUUUGGGUAUUAUAUUAUGAUCAUCAUAUCUAGAGAGUCCACUCUAUAGUAGUGUUUGUGAGAUUUCUACAAAUAUUUAGGACUCUUUAUCAUCCCACAUCGGUUGUUGAGGGGCCUAAGUUCGUUAUCUUUAUAUGUAUGUGUGGUUUGUAUGUAUGAUUAUUGUCAGGUUGUUACGUUAAAUAAUGAUAUCUAUAAGUUUGAAGUUUUAA